AUGUUGCGGCUUUCCGCCAGACCAUUUGUCUGCCGCCAAUGCCGCCUGCAAGCUCCGAAGCCGCGCUUCUUCCACGCGUCGUCGUGGCUCUCGAGCUCCAGUUCAACCCCAAGUCCUGCAGAACCUGCCCCGAUACGGCCAACGACGGCCCCGAGGCCAAACAUUGACAUCAAGCACAUACGACAGAAUGCGACACUACACGAACAGAAUUGCUUAGAGAGGAAUUAUAAGGCACAGAGUACCUAUCCGGACCGCAUCAACAACCUACACCAGCAAUGGCAGGAGCAUCAGAGGGAAGGGCGCCACCUUCGCGAGCGAAGCAAUUUGCUCCGGAGGCAGAUUGCAAACCCGGCCACGAUACAAGGCGAGGAGAACCCAGAAACGCUCCAGCUCAAGGAUAUGAGCAAGGAACAACUCCUCGAGGAGGCAAAGCAACUGAAGGAGAAGCUCUCGGUCAUUGAGCGCAACGAGAGCAAACUCACGGCCGAGAUUGAGGACCUUGCCCUGCAAAUCCCCAACUUGACAAGCGAGCAGACACCACGAGGCGACGAGGCUCUUGUGCUGUCCUACAUCAACGACCACCCCGAGCCACGGCCUGCAGAGUCGGACAGGGUAUGGCGGUCUCAUGUGCACAUUGGCUCGGAGCUGGGACUGCUCGACUUUGCCGGCGCCGCGACAACUUCCGGAUGGGGAUGGUACUAUCUGCUCGACGAGGGUGCGCAGUUGGAGCAGGCCCUCAUCAACUUUGCCCUUGCAGUAGCCACCAAGCACGGCUGGAGGCAGGUUACGCCACCCAGUAUCGUGUACGGGCACAUUGCCGCAGCUUGCGGUUUCCAGCCCAGGGAUCAACAUGGCGAGACACAGAUUUACGCUCUUGCCCAGUCUCAAGCUGACCGGGAGCGUGGCAAGCCCGAGCUCGUGCUCGCUGGUACGGCAGAGAUUCCGCUGGCGGGCAUGAAGGCAAACACCAUCAUUGAUGAGAGUGACUUGCCCAUGAAGCGCAUUGGCGUCUCGAGAUGCUACCGAGCCGAGGCAGGUGCGCGCGGCGUGGACACAAAGGGUUUGUACCGAGUACACGAGUUUAACAAGGUCGAGAUGUUUGCCUGGACGGAACCCAACAUGUCCUCGACGACCGAAAUCUUUGAUGAGAUGCUCGACAUACAGACCGAGAUCCUGGAGAUGCUGGGCCUACACUGCCGAAUUCUCGAGAUGCCGUCUACGGAUCUCGGCGCCUCUGCCACGCGAAAGUGCGAUAUCGAGGCCUUCUUCCCCUCGAGAAGGCAAAAGGAUGAUGGAUGGGGUGAGGUGACCAGUGUCAGUAUCUGCACCGACUACCAGACGAGAAGACUUGCCACAAGAUUCAAGUCGUCUGGAAAGGUGAUCUUUCCCUGGACCGUCAACGGUACUGCCUUGGCUGUACCACGUGUUCUUGCCGCAGUUCUGGAGAAUGGAUGGGAUGAGUCACAAAUGAGUGUCAAGUUGCCAGAGUGCCUUUGGCCGUACAUGGGCAAGGAGAGCAUCGACUUGAAGCAUCGACUGAAAUGA